AUGAAACUAACUCCAUCUCAACUUAGAACCCUCCCCCAAGCUCUUCCGAAAUGGAAAAUUAUUGACAACCAACUUCACAGGACACUCAAAUUUCAAUCAUUCGAAGAUACGUGGGGGUUUCUCACUAAAUUGGCUAUGCGAUCACAUUUGAUGAAACAUCACCCGAAGAUCAUCAACUGCUACACUGAUGUCGAUAUUUACUUAACCACUCACGAUGAGAAUGGUAUUACUGAAUUGGACACAAGGCUAGCGAAGAGAAUAGAUAAAUAUGUGGCUGAGUAA